AUACGCAUCGAAAGCAUUUAUUUUGAAAUUGUAAAAUAGAUACAAAUAAAAUAUGUCAUCGGUACAUUGCCAACUAUGGAUGGGAAGCCUGGAGUCCUACAUGACGGAAAACUUCAUCAUUGCGGCUUUCCGGAAGAUGGGCGAAGAUCCCACUACAGUUCGAUUGAUGCGCAACAAAUACACUGGAGAACCAGCGGGAUAUUGUUUCGUCAAUUUCAUAUCCGAUGAUCAUGCCUUGGAUGCUAUGCAUAAGUUAAAUGGCAAACCCAUACCCGGAACCAAUCCCAUUGUACGUUUCCGCUUGAAUUCAGCUAGCAAUUCAUACAAAUUGCCCGGCAAUGAGCGGGAAUUCAGCGUUUGGGUCGGUGAUCUCAGCUCCGAUGUAGAUGAUUACCAACUGUAUAAGGUUUUCUCAAGUAAAUUCACCUCCAUCAAGACAGCGAAAGUUAUUCUGGAUAGCUUGGGGUUCUCAAAAGGCUAUGGGUUUGUACGAUUUGGCAUCGAGGAUGAGCAGAAGUCAGCUCUCUACGAUAUGAAUGGCUACAUUGGACUGGGCACUAGGCCCAUUAAGAUUUGCAAUGCUGUUCCCAAGCCAAAGGCCGAACUGGCAGCUGCCCUGGGCAUGGGUGGCGCCAAUAGUAACUAUGGAUAUGGAGGCGCAGGGCCCACUUCAACAACAGGAACAACUGCAGCGGCGGGAACUGAUUACUCGCAAUAUUAUGAUCCGACUAGCACCUAUUGGCAGGGCUAUAAUGCCUGGCAAGGCUACUAUGAUCAACAAGGCGCUGGCGGUCCAUCAAUUACAGAUGCCGCCGCGUAUUAUCAACAGGCCAUGUCACAAUCCCAUUCGAAUCCUCAAACAUUGGCUCAACAUGCCGAGGCUUGGAGCGCACAGCGUAGUGCCCAAUAUGAACAACAGCAGCAGCAACAACAACAAAUGUUGCAGGGUGAAGGUGGACUGGCAACUGGUAAUGGUGGCGCCGACGAUGACUAUGGCCUAGAGGAUCACAAAUUUGUUCUCGAUGUGGAUAAACUUAAUCGUGAAACUAUUGAUUCAGAUCGGCGCCUUUAUGACGCAUUGGAAAGCUCCAAGUGGCUGCCCAUAGAACAGUUGGAAGUAUUCUAGUUUAGCUUUAAUAUCUAUUCUUAAAAUAAAAUGAUAAAAAAAAAC